UAUAAACAUAAUUUAUAUUUUGUUUUUGUAGAUAUGGCAGCGCGCACAACAGCGGCCUGCAUAGAUUUGAUGGGUGGUGUAGGAUUUACCACUGAUUUUCCACAGGAAAAGUUCUACAGAGACUGCAAAGUCGGCGCAAUUUACGAGGGAACAACCAACAUGCAGCUCAACACCAUUGCCAAGUAUUUGAAGAAGGAGUAUGAUCAGUGAACUGAUAUUUUUGUCAAUAGAGUGAUUUAGAAUUAUUUUGGAGGAGGAAUAUGAUCGAUGAACUGAUAGUUUUGUCAAUAGAGUGAUUUAAAAUGAUUUUGGAGGAGGAAAAUGAUCGAUGAACUGAUAUUUUGUCAAUAGAUUGUAAACAUUUCCAUAUAUUUUACGGGUAAAUGUGACUGACUAUUCGCCAUGCCAUUGUUAACUAUUUUUAAGUCAUUGUUGUUGAUAUGAAUCUCUUUGUAAGACGAAUAUAGUUUAUUGAUAAAUUAUAUACGGCUGCAUGUUAUAAG